GAAAUUCCUGCAGAAUGCUUCCAAACAUCUGACACAGGAAGUAAUUGCCGUAUGCCAGUAGGUAUACACAACGCAAACCUGGACACUAACAUGCAGGGUAAUGCCUUGAACACGCAUGCUCAAGGAAAUUCUGCAGACCAGCACCAAACAUCUAACGUAGGAAAUAAUGGCCAUACGCCAAAGGAAUGGUCGAUUAUUAAUGCCCUGCGAUACAUAGAGUCAAAAUCCGAACUAUUAUCUUCAGAUACAAUCAAUACUUUCAAAGAUGAUAUGUAUUCGUUACUACAAAGUUUGGGUGGCAAAUGCUAUGUGCACGAGUUUUCCAAGAAGAAAGCGAGGAAAAUUCUGACAAAUUAUGAUAAGUCAUUCUUUUCAGCCGAUAUAAAACGUUUUAUUGAUGAAAUUGAACUAAAGAAUGAAAAAAAGGAGUUUCGCACAUCGAUAAGUCGAAGAGUUACAUCCGCAAGUACAUUAAGGGCACUGGAGGAGCAUCGUACAGACAGAAUAGCAAUCGAAGAUUUGCGCAACGCAACAAACACAACAUCAACCAUCGAAUAUGACUCUGAAAGGAAACAAGAUCUUAGGGGAGAAAUAAUGGAUGGAGUCGAGAAUGGUCAAGUUGUUUCCGAAGCUGUACAAGAGUCGAGUGAUCUCGGUGCGCAAAGUUACGAUCAAGAAGAUCAAGACCUGUUGCGAAAUACAAAUACCCUAGGGAAAAGGGAAAAUGCAAGUGAUGCUGAGGAAGAACGAGUAUUAAAAAGGCAAUAUAAUCGAUCACCUAAAUUUUCGGAAUCCAAUCAGCACUCUAUCUUUUAUGGAGGACUUCCAAAUUAUGAAGAGGGCAUAAAGAUUGACCCGGAAUUAGUACUUAAAGAAACUAAUGAAGUCAUGAUUCCUUAUUUUGAACGGUCUUUCAAUUAUGAUUCUUGGAAUUGUUGGACAUUAAAAUCUGGUUCGGUAGUUACUGACUUGCUAGAGAAAGCAUCAAAUGUCAAAGGACAUCCUCUGAGACCAGAGGUUUGGAGAAUCAUCCGUUGUGGUUUCAAGAUAGCAAAACCGAAGUGGUUAAGUAAUGAAGAGUACACCAAGAUACAGAGCUUUACUAAACGCCCAAGUAUUACAAGUCCUCCAAAAGAUAUUAUUGAACUUUUGAAAAUAAAAUCAUUAAAAUCUUUGGGACUCGAAAUAAUAAAGUUCAAAAGAGACAAAUUAAAAGCUCAUCUCCUGGAAGAUAUUACUAGCCAGAAUUCUAGUGAAGAAGAUCUUAUUUUGGAAAAUAUUAAGAUAACGUGUUCAAUAUUAGAUCCUGAAGAUCCAUUAACUGCUUUUUUCGCGAAAGUUUUAUCUUUAUUCCAUAAAUAUGUUUUUAUAGAAGAUUCUGUUAUGCAACAGCUAGAUGUUUCAGAGGCUGAUUACGGAGGUUAUCUGAUACAUCCUUGCUUAAAAAAAAUACUUGUCGGCUUAGAAGAUCGUUUAUAUUAUCAUAUGGGGGAAGUCAUUUUAUCAUCAGUUAAAUCUUGCAGAAGUCGACGAAAAUGUACCAACUCUUAUGAGCAAAAAUCUGAUGGUGUCUUUACCGUAAAAUUAAGAAAAUCAUUAAUGGAAGUAGGCCACUUAGAAAUGAGUGGAGGAUAUGGGCAUAAAGAUAUUCCUCGUUCUACUUGGGAUGGGUGUUGUAAGCUACCGAUUGAGGAUCGCAUUGAAUUGUGGCAAAUGUAUAACCCGUCCUGCGGUGUUCUGCAAUACGAACGAUCACAUAAGUCAAUUGUACCGAUUUGUUAUGAAGAACAUCGUAAACAUAUUUUCGAUUUCGUUGUCCUCCUUUGGGAUCUCAAGUGUGGAUUAUUGGAAACUUCCAACAUAAUAUUUCAGCUGAGAGAUGAACAUAAUGAUAAUUUGUUUGAAUCAUCAAAACUUUCCGGAAGUCUUCCAGCGUAUCCAUUUACACCAAAUAAAGAUAGACACAAAAUCGGUAUUAAAGACGCAAAUGAAGAUAGUGAUCUUGAUAAUUCUCCAAUUCGAUCUGGCAGAAAUGAUAAAAAAUAUUUUGAAUCUCCUAUCUCUUUAAAAUGUUCCGGAAUAACUACAGUAUAUGCGGAUUUUUGUAAUGCUAUAUACCAAGAACAAUUUUCAUCACAGAAGACGGGAAAGAAUAAAUGUACGGGAAUUACCGAAAUGGACCGCAUACAUUUACCAAGGUGUUUUGCAUAUACAUAUGGUGAAGAGGUCCCAGAGGAACCAGAUAGCGCAGAUGAUGUUAGCAUACAAGAAAAUGAAACCCAAUCAAGAAGAAAUUCGUCGAGACAAACCUCCCCAAGGAUUAUCCGCGAACAAGAAAGAUUCCAGGGCCUGCUGAGAGUGUUAUCUACGCCUGUCAAGGGUGAGCAAGCCGAAGUCGAUGACAAUGAUGUUGUAGGUACUUCUGUUAGCCAGAUUUGUCAAAAAGCAAUUCGCGCUGGAUUGCGUGUUGCAAAGACCAAUCAGGAAGAAAUUUUGUGCUGGUAUCGAUAUGCAGAGGGAUGUGAAAAAAGAGUAAAUGAUAUUAGUAAAAAAGCUGAACCUAGGAAAUUAAGACGUUAUGGAAAAAGGCAUGCUUUCAGAGCUCAUGGUGGUGAGAAUUCAACUCCUAAACAUCUUAAAUACCUUUCGAGAAUUGCAUUAAGGCAAGAAUCAGACUCCCAAUAUUCAAGUCUCAGGCUUCUUCAUCCCUGCCUAAAAACAAGGAUUAUAAUCCAUUUGAAUCUCAAAUUGUGGAAAUUGAUUCAAUACUAUCUGGCUCUACCUGGAAGACAGUUUCAUCUUCAGAAAUCAGGUCACAGCACAGCACAAGCUAGAUUAGAUCCACAUGAAAUAGAGCUUAUAUGA